UCCCAAAGCCCGCAGGCUGCCGGAAUCCCAUGUGCGCCGGCGAUGGCAGUCACGCCGCUGCCCGCACCUCGCUGCGCGCUGACGCUCGCGUCCCGCUGCCGGGAGCCGCAGUCAGCCCGGGGAGAGCGGCGGCACCGGAGGGAGCGCUCCGCGGGAACUUUUGGCCGCGAUCCGAUUCCGGGCAGCUGCGCGGCUGGGCUGGGCUCUGCCAGGGGCUGCUCGCUCCUGCCGGGCGAGGCGGCGGCUCGCGGCGCUCCCAACCCGGCUCAGCCCGACGCAGCCCCGGGGCGCGGAGCCGCGGCCCGGCACCAUGAACCAGACGGCGACGGUGUCCCACCACCAGGUGCAGUGCCACUCCUCCAGGGCCGCCAAGGAACUUGGAAGUAACAGCCCUCCGCAGAGGAACUGGAAGGGAAUUGCUAUUGCGCUGUUGGUGAUUCUAGUCGUUUGUUCACUCAUCACUAUGUCUGUCAUUCUUUUAACACCAGAUGAGCUUGCAAAUUCAUCUGAAACCAGAUUGACCUUGGAAGAUCUCUUCAGAAAAGAGUUUGUAGUUCAUAAUCCAGAAGCCAAAUGGAUUAAUGUUGAUUCCAUUGUGUAUUCGUUGAUUUUUACUUUCUGGAUCAAAUGGCAGAUUUCGAGGACGCUCACUUACAUUUACCGUUCAUUCAUCCAUUACCGUGAUACAGCAGUGGUGUAUAAAAAUAGGAACGGACAUGUUAUUGAGCUGAAUGUAGAAACAAAUACAACUACAUUAUUAUUGGAAAACACAACUUUUGUAACUUUCAAAGCAUCAAGAUACUCAGUUUCAGCAGACUUAAGAUUUGUUCUUCUUGCAUAUGAUGUAAAACAGGUUUUUCAUUAUUCUUAUACAGCUUCAUACGUGAUUUACAACAUACACACACGGGAAGUUUGGGAGUUAAACCCACCAGAAGUAGAGGAUUCAGUAUUGCAGUAUGCAGCAUGGGGUGUCCAAGGACAGCAACUGAUUUAUAUUUUUGAAAAUAACAUCUACUACCAGCCUGAUGUAAAGAGCAGCUCAUUGCGCCUGACAUCUUCAGGAAAAGAAGGAAUUAUUUUUAAUGGAAUUGCAGACUGGUUAUAUGAAGAGGAACUUCUCCACUCUCACAUUGCCCACUGGUGGUCACCAGAUGGUGAAAGACUGGCAUUCCUGACCAUAAAUGACUCCCUGGUGCCCAACAUGGUUAUUCCCCGGUUUACUGGAGGCCUAUAUCCAAAAGGAAAGCAGUAUCCAUACCCUAAGGCAGGUCAAACAAACCCAACGGUAAAGCUGUUUGUAGUUAAUCUGUACGGACCAGCACAUACACUGGAACUGAUGCCACCUGACACCUUUAAAUCGAGGGAAUACUACAUCACCAUGGUGAAAUGGGUAAGCAACACCAAGGCUGUGGUGAGAUGGUUAAACAGACCCCAGAAUAUCUCCAUCCUUACAGUCUGUGAAACAACAACUGGAGCGUGCAGCAGGAAAUAUGAAAUGCAGUCAGAUCUUUGGGUUCCUAAACAGAAUGAAGAACCCGUUUUCUCCAGGGAUGGCACUAAGUUCUUCAUGACUGUCCCAGUGAAACAGGGAGGCCGGGGUGAAUUUCACCACAUAGCCAUGUUUAUUGUUCAGGCUAAAAGCGAGCAGAUCACUGUGAGACACCUGACAUCAGGAAACUGGGAAGUUAUCAAAAUCCUGGCAUACGAUGAAAAUACACAAAACAUUUAUUUCUUAAGCACUGAAGAGUCUCCAAGAGGAAGACAGCUGCAUAGCGUGUCAACAGUGGGAUCGUUGAAUCGACAGUGCCUCUCGUGUAACUUCUUGAAAGACCAGUGCACAUACUUCAGUGCAAAAUUUAGUCCCUUGAACAGGCACUUUUUACUGCACUGCAAAGGUCCGGGUGUUCCAGUUGUUAGCGUGCACAGUACCAGUGACAGUGGAAUUUAUAUUUUGGAAGAUAAUGCUGUGUUGAAAGAAGCUGUUUCUAAGAAAAAGAAUUCCAGGACUGAAAUUAAAAUGCUUCACAUUGAGGACUACGAACUCCCUUUACAGUUGUCACUGCCAAAAGAUUUCACGGAUCGAAACCAGUAUGCCCUUCUAUUAAUAAUUGAUGAAGCUCCAGGCAGCCAGUUGGUUACAGAUAAAUUUCACAUUGACUGGGACUCAGUGCUUGUCAACUCUGAUAAUGUCAUCGUAGCUCGAUUUGAUGGCAGAGGGAGUGGAUUUCAAGGCCUCAAGAUCCUACAGGAGGUCCACCGAUGCUUAGGAUCAGUGGAAGUGAAGGACCAAAUAGCAGCCGUAGAAUCGUUAUUGAAACAGCCCUUCAUUGAUCCUAAGAGACUGAGUAUAUUUGGAAAGGGGUAUGGUGGCUACAUUGCAUCAAUGAUCCUGAAAUCUAGUGAGCGGCUUUUCAAAUGUGGAGCUGUGGUGGCACCAAUUACAGACAUGAGGUUGUACGCAUCAGCUUUUUCAGAAAGAUACCUUGGUGUUCCAUCAAAAGAGGAAAAUACCUAUCAGGCAUCCAGUGUAUUACACAAUCUUCAUGGUUUGAAAGAAGCAAAUAUGCUAAUAGUUCAUGGGACAGCUGACACUAAAGUCCACUUCCAGCAUUCAGCAGAACUAAUUAAGCAUCUAAUAAAAGCUGGAGUUAAUUACACUGUGCAGAUCUACCCGGAUGAAGGUCAUAACGCUGCUUCUGAGAAAAGCAAACAUCACCUUUACAGCACAAUCCUUCGGUUUUUUAGUGCUUGUUUAAAGGAGGAGACACCAAUUUUACCACAAGAACCUGAAGAGGAUGAAUAAGGAAGCCUAUUUGUGUAGUACUGAAGGGGACUUACUUUGCGGCUCAAUAAAACCUUAAAUAAAAGUGACUGUGAGAUUGCAGAUUCUGCAGAAGCUCAAGGGCAGCUAAAGGAUAUCACAGUGGAACAGCACAUUUACAGACAAUGAGCUAAUAAACUGGAAUUCGACUACAAAGUCCAGACACAUUACCAAGGGACAAAACCUUUGCCUUUGUGGAAGGUCAACAGUUGGUUACAGUUUCCUGGAAGAACUUAGUUUUGCAUAAGCGUAGGGUUAGUGCAUGUUUGUUAUGUUAAGCCUCACUGUUGGUUCUGUAAGUGGUUGCUCUUUUUUAAUUUAAAUGCACAUCUUUAUUCAUCCUGCAUAAUGCACAACCUAUCGUAAGUAUUAUGGCCACUAAUAUUUUAAAAGGUGAGCUGCAAUCUAACACUUCACUGUAAUGUUACAAUAAGUGCAAUUCUUCUGCUGUCUAUUACACAUAAGAAACCACAGAGAUAAUAAAGGGCACGAUAUUUUCUCUAGUUUUUGCUCCAAGGGGAUAUAUUGUCUAUUGCAUCACGUAACGCUGAUAAUGAAAAUGAUUUUUUUUUUCAAUUUCGGCAUUUACUAUUAUUACUGUACCCACUAGUAACCACUAAGGGAUUUUUUGGUAGUGUAUUCUUGGUCUUUAUGUAUAUACUCAAGACUCCCUAAGCAGAAAAUUUUUCCAAGCUUGAAUUUUUUUGAGACAGUUAACAGCUGUGUUUAAAAGAACAUCUGUAAUUGAAAUCUUUCCCCAGUCCAAAAUGUAUCCAUUGUUUCCUUAAAAUAUAUUUGAGUUGUGUUUUGGUAUUGUUUAUAGUAGCUAAUAGUUUCCUGGUUACACUCUAAUUUUAGAAUAUGCUACUUUGUCACAUGUAAGGUAGAUACACAAAUAUUGAAUUAUAGUUUCAGAUAAAGAAAAUCUAUUAACAAUGUAUAAUGCCACUGAGUAAUAAUUUACUCUUCAAGUGAAAAAUUAUUUUGUAUAGUGCAUAUUCCUUUCUUCCAUCUGAUCUCAGAUUUAGUUCUGAAGUUCUUCAAGGUGGCCACAUAGGUAGAAUACUCCAUACGUUUUUAUUUCAGAGCUACUCAUUACGUCUCUUGCAAACGGAUUUGGAUUCUACAACACCUCAAAGAAAUGAAAUGUUUUUCAUUCAAGGCAAAGGAAGAUCCAGACAAGUGAAAUUGUGUUAUUUGUUCAGCAGGUGUGCCCUCUCAUACAUCUGUUUAUUUGCCAAGGGAAGUUCCAGCAGUACAAAUUGGAUCUAUGAAAUAAGCAAGGCAGCCAGUUUGGAUUUGCAGAAUAUUACUUCCAAUCACUGAAAUCAAGCACAUUGUUGGCUUAAUUAGAGGUAUCUUUGUGAAGGUAUGUGAAAACUCCUGACAGAUGCUGUGCAGCGUACAUGGGAAUAGCUGUAAUUUCUUUUCUUUCUGGAUAUGCUCCAGAUACUUUUCUACCCUAUUAAGGGUUCAUUUUUCGUGAAAUUGAAAAGCAAGUAAGUUCUGGAAGAACUUACUUAUAAAACUUACACUAUUUAAGAUGCAAAGUUCUUCGUAUUUUAUGAAAAAUAGGAAUUAUUUUUAACAUAAUCAAAAAUCACCUGAAGCCUUCUACAUGUUUUUUUCUUCUGGAAUAUUUUCUUCAACUUAGCAUUUUUUAUGAUGCAAAUAAUCAAUUUGACUGAAAGGUAUGGUUUUAUGGAACUCUGGAAAGUCUCUGUCUUUUAAUGUUUAGUAUUUAUCUUGUUUUAUUAGUAACUUUUAACUAUUUUUUAUGUGCAAGGACGCCUUCUCUGGGUCCUGGUGUCACUGCAUAGCUUGGCUUUGCUUUGUGCGCAAUACAUGUGUAGAGUAUUAUGAUGAGGCCAUAAAAAAAAAAAGAAAAUAAUUUUUUUAAUGAAGUUUUGCAAGUCCUUUUUUUUUACUAGAGGAACAACUUGUUAAAGUCUUGUAUUGAGUGAGACUUCUAGAUAGUGAUUUUUUAAAAUUACACGUGAUCCUUAAUAAAUGUUCACCUGAUAAUACCGAUGAUUUUGUAACCAAGCGCUGUAGAGGAGGUCCUAAUCCAGUGGAACACCGUGGGAUGUUUUCCCCUAUUUCAGCUAAAUGUACACAAAGAGCCACUAUAUGUGUGCACGUGUUGAGCGUACCGCAUGCCCAGACCCCGUGAGAAGGUCAAUUCUUACCAACACACACUGGCUGCUUCCCUGAGAGACACCCAGCGUAUGUUCAGAUUUGCUGCAUUUCAGGCAUAUCACCUUUAGUUGUCUGCAAAAGCAAACAAACAAGGCUUGUAUCUCAGCAAUAUGGUUAUGUAUGUGCUCAGGAAGCAUUUUAUCUUGGAUCCACGCCUUUGGCAGUACGUCCCUUAUCUCUGAGCCCAUGUUCUGUCUCCAUUUUUUUCCCCCCACUCCCCUCUGUUUCAGGCUACCAUUCCCUAUUCUUUCUAUAGCAACAUCUCCUCUCCCAUUUUAAUCAAUUUACUUUAAUAUGAAGGUGGCAUGAGGACUUGACUUGUAUAGGAAUGCUUAUGCCAGGAUUACUGGUAUGCUUAAACUGUGUGUGUUAUCUGAAAUGUGGGUUCUUUGUAUGGGAGUGUAGUCUGUUUCUUAAUUUGUUGUCCUUCAAAUACAGAUAUUUUUAUAUAAGUAUAUAUACAGAGGUAAGCAACAGAACUAUAUUUUUUUUUAAUGAAAUUUUUGUGUUAAAUUCGGAUAUUGCAAAAAGAUUUGCAAAUGCAGCCUCUGAUUCAAGCUAAAGGAUUUGGUGCAAAAGGAGGUCCAGAGCUAUCAUUGCUCUUGCUAACUAGUUGAAAUAUUUCAUUCACUUCCAGCACAACAAGUUAUCUGGCAGAUUCUAUAAACAUAGCAAAUGGCAGUCACUCAUUAAUUAAUCUGUUAUCAAAAGUAUUGAUCAGGACACAUAGCACAGAAAUACCAUGUAAAGUGUAGAUUUUUUCUGUAGCUUUACCCAUUGUUAAGCACUGUGAUACUGUUUUAGGACUGAAAAGGUACUCUUUGAUUCAGCUGUCCUUACAGUGUGACAUUUACUAGAGCAGACCUACUAGUUUAUGGGAACCUAGAGAAUCAGCAUCUCUCUUUGCUGCUUGCUAGAGCUUAUCUGACGUUCUUGAUUUUUGUGUUCUUUUUCUGCUGUUAGGACUUGCAAAAUCUAUGAAAACUGUAGGUCAUGGUGAAGCUUCAGUUGUAUUGCAAAACCAGUUGUACCUGCACAUCAAUUGAAACAUAUCUUCCAGAUUGUUGAGUACAAAAAAAAAAAAAAAAAAAAAAAAAAAAAAAAAGGCUAGUUACUUUUAAAUUCAGUAUUUUAGUCUUUUAAUCCUUUAGCAAAUAUAUUUAUGAAUUAGUUUGAUGAAUGUUUACUAUGGAUUCCUGUAACCAACUGCUUGUUAUUCCUGUGUUUCUGGUAUAUGUAGAUCCACCCAUGUCUGAAAAUGAAGGUGAUAACCUCUGUUCUCUUAGUUCUGGCACUUAUUUCAAGUGUGGAGUCAAAUUUAUUUAGUUCAGAAACUGUGCUUUUUAAGACAGAAGAGCUUGCAUUUGAUAUGAAGCCAAAGGUUCUCCAUGGAAACUUUGGAAUUUUUGGAAUUUUGAGUGUUGGCUCCGGUAAUAAAAUGCAGAGGAUGCAA